CAGCUGCAUUCAACGCGCUCCACGUCCAACAUUUUGUACAGCCGACCUUUUCAAGAGAAUCUUCCCUUACAAUAGCAAUGUCACCAACGACUCGGCCCCGUAUCUCUAUAUCUUGAAGCCAUGAACGAAACGUCCCAAGGAAAUUGCGACAUCUACAAUGUCGGACCUGAACAACCUGGUCGGACAACCCAUCACUAGGGACACCUCUUUCAACUGGACAUGGUUCAUUGAGAUUGCGACUUGCGCCUGUCUGGCCUUGUUUUUCCUUUUCUACUUCAAUCGCCUCUUCGCGACAGUUGUCUCCUACGGCCUGCGAGCGUGGACAUGGCAUAAGUACCGCAUCUGGAUUGAUAUACAGGCUCUGCAACUCUCAUUCCUCGCUGGACGCAUAUUUUUCAAGGGCAUACGAUAUCACGGAGAAAAUGAAACCGUACUGAUUCAGAACGGGUACAUUACCUGGAGGUACUGGCAACGAACGGCCCGUCAAGUUGAUUUAUCGGGCUUGGAUGAUGAUGACAAUAACAAACUGAAAGAGAAGGAGGCUUCCGGUUCAGAUGAUUCCGAACAAUCGGAGCCACUGUCGGCAGACCAAGAACUGGGCCGGACGCAAAAACCCGACACCGCCGAUGCUCGAAUUGCGAUCAAUGUCACAGGGUUGGAGUGGUUUGUCUACAACAGGACGCCGGUAUACCAGGCCAUUGUUAGUGACGCCACUUUGUCCAAUCUGUACGAUAUAGAUGAGGAAUGCCAUGAAAGUGACCACAAGCAAGGAUCAUUCCAUGGGAUGCUCCACCGACGGAAGAAUGCCAGAGGACGAUCUGAGGCCGGUCUCGACAGUGACUCCUCUACAGAACUGCCUACGGAGAAAACAGACCGUGUCGUCACUCGAGAUGAAUUAAAUGUACCUGUUAGUCGCAUCAACACCGAUACCAGUGUGAACACAGAUGCCGACCUGCCCGCAACUCAAGUAUCCUCCUUUUAUUCGUUGCUCCUGCGGUUCUUGCCGAUCGGAGUUGAGGUAUCAAAAGGUGCUAUUACUCUUGGAAAUGCCACUACAAGAGCAAUUGUUGUCUCUACAUUUGCGGCUGCACGAGGCCACAUUGAUGCCGCCGCCGCCGGCCCUUGUGACAUAUUUCGCCAGGUUUUUGACUUUGACAUUGAACAGCCAAAGGUCGAAAUGAGACCAAAUCCAGACUUUCGCGCGUCGCAGCUCACAACUGCGGAGAGGGUCAUAUCAGCAGCUGAAUCGGAAGCUGGUCGUCGAAGGUGGUGGCAACUCGACUUCGGCAUUCGCCGACGUCUCGCCAGAGCCAUUCGCAGCGCAAGACAUCUUUUUCCGGGUCUACGGAGUUCGCGGGGAUCUCUCCGAACCAAUACGUCUGUUGAUGACGAGAAUAACAAACACUAUUUUUAUGAGGCAUUUCCAGAACAAGAUAGGUCAUGGCAUGGUCUUGGCCGGUAUAUGGAUGACGAUGAAAGAGAUGACCACGAAGGCUGGUCCCAUGUUGAUUACGCUCGAUUUUCCCAAAUCUUGGAGUCGCCGAACGUCCAUCUGAACUUCUACUGGGAUCUUCCUGGCCAAGUCCUUGCCGACCAUGUAGCCUUAUCCGAGGAUGUGCAUACCGAAGAUAUCAAUUGGUCUACCCCACCUGCCUACGGUCUCGAUCUGACUGUGCACGGAGGAACUGUUAACUACGGUCCAUGGGCUGAUCGCCUACGCUUCGAGCUCCAAUCAGCCUUCUUUCCAAAUCCUUUCCGGUCGGCUACUCCAUCAUCCGCACUGAAAGUUGGGGAUGCACGUCUGCAUACGGUGAUGAGCAUUCGUGUCGAUCUUGAAGAUGAGGUCAACCUUCGCGUACCAACGAGAGAACGUUCAAAAGAUUGGCAAUGGAGAGGACGAGCACAUGCCGUAAGAGAAGCUGCUGCUAUUCGCAAGCAGCGGGAAAGAAGACACUUCCGCUUCCGUCGACCCCAGAAAUCGAAGCUGGGCCCUGACUUGAGGCCAUUUGGCUGGCUGACCGUCUCUGCGGGGAAAGAUUCAACGGUCCGCUACGACAUGGAUAUGGUCCCAAAUGCGGAAGGCUAUCGAAAUCAAUUGAGACUCGAUCUUAAGGACACGAAAGCGACAUCCAGUGUCAACCACGCACUAUUAUGGCGCUGUCAAUCUCAGAAGGUCUCUUGUGACCUGUCUAAUCCGCUCGUGUGGAAUAGUUUGCAUACAUGGGUCUUUGAUAUCGAGAAUAACGCCAUGGAAAUGUUCUUGUUGCGAGACCAUAUGUUCCUUCUCACAGACCUGAUCAGUGACUUCACGGAGAGCCAGAAACCAGACUACAUGACGUUCGUCCCUUACCUGUACCAGCUACAUCUACAGUUCCCAGAUCUGAAGCUCUAUCUGAAUGCGAAUGACUACAAUAUCGUGGACAACCCAUGCGACUUGGACGAGAAUUCAUUUCUGGUCCUCGGUUUCCAAGUCCUCGAUGGGCAUGUGGAUAUCCCCAUGCAAUACUUUUCGCCUCGUCAAAGCAGUGUCAAGUUCUUAGCUGAAGGUCACAACGCUUACCUCGAUCUCAGCACUCCGGUUUGGAAUACUUUACAUACCCUAGCCGAGGACAAAACUAUGGCUACUUUGAAACGCCUCGACCUCGAUGGUUCUUAUAAUUACUAUCCGCAAGUAUCGCCAAAACUGACGGACUCUCUCUUUAUGACAAUCACUGGAUCUACUCCAAAGUUCUACCUCCAUGGAUAUUUGAUCCGUUAUUUUAUGAAUGUCAAAGAGAACUAUUUUGGUGAGGACCUGCACUUCAGGACGCUGGAAGAGUACCAAGACAUACUUGCUGGAAAUGCAGUCAGGACGCCGCGUCCAGCGAUGAAGAAAGAAAACGACUUAGACGUUAUUUUAACUGUCCGAGCUGACAACUCCUCCGUCCUUCUUCCUGCCAACAUUUACUCUCGAAGAGAGAAUCUUCGAGUAGACGUCCUUCUAGUUGAAGCAGAUAUGCGGUUUACGAAUUACUACAUGGACCUCCAGGUCAAUUCAAGUCCACUAGAGGCAUCACUCGAGACGAUCCAGAAGCUUGAAGCUGGACCUUCAGAGGACAUCACCAACUGCCAGUUAUUCAUUGACGGCGCUCAGAUAUAUGGCCAUAGACUUUUCGGAGCGCCUCCCACAGAACCGACCUAUGUUUGCUGCUGGGAUAUCGAUGUUGGAGAGGCAACAGGCGAAGUCGAUGCGAAAUUCGUCCAAGUUCUCAUCAAUGCCAUCACGAGUUUCAUCUACACGCUGGACGAUUAUGAUAAUGCGUUGCCGAAAUUGUUCACAACCAAGCUCCACGAUGUAACCUUUUUGAGAGCAAGCGUCGCUGGGCUACGAAUCUGGCUUACUGGCGGCGGUGCUGCCUUUCUGAUAGAGUCCAAUGGGGCAGACAUCUCCUUGUCAGACUGGGCAAAUGCGAACUUCGCACAGAGUGUUCAAGUCAAUGUUCCACAUGUUGUUUUGGCAGCCGUGGACCACAAGAGUGCUCUACGACAUCAUGGCAGAGAACCCGGUAUUGUUGAGACUGUAGCUUACUUCCAAACUGCCCUGCGAAUUUGCUCUCUUGACAAAAGCGACAACCUGAAUCAAACGCGUUCUCUCCAACAACAGCAUGUGAAGUACCAUGAUCAGCGAAGCCACAGAGCACAAUGGAUAUUAGGCACCCAAAAGAGCUAUCCACCAAACCAUAAGACCCCUGAGUGGGCUCGGGAGCCACCUGCAAUGCCGCUCCCAACGAUGCCGGAACCAGUGGUUGGAGUCGAAGGGCUUGAUGUAUCAGCAACAAACGAUCCUACUUAUCCAGAUCAGGCCAUGGGCCGCAAAAGCUCAUUCCUUUCCACGAUGCCCUCUCUCCAUGGUAGGCCCGUAGGGAAUACCAAUCUUGCCAGCAGAUCAAGCAGAGAUCCUAACUCGAGUCUCUCCCGACCGCUGGACCCCAGGCUCCGUUCAUCCAUGCUUCAGGAUGGCUCUAAAGAGCAACUUGCCGACGCCGUCAAGAGCUCUUCGCUCCCAGAGGGAACUCAUCCUGCAUUGGCCUUCGCUGGGCCCUGGUCGCCGCCGCAUUUCACGUUGCGAGAUGUAAAGCCUGAUACAAAGAACAUGCCCACCGUAUCAAGAGCGGAACUUACGGAAGCAGCUUCGCUCAUGUCAGCCUCUAAAGCCGAUUUUCUCCCUAAAGCAGAUGACUUUGAAGGUGUACCUCACAAUGGCGUCGUCUUCAUGAUUGACAAAGGGCUGACUGGUUUCUGUUCCCCGGCCCUGUUCCUUUGCAUCGGGGGGCUGAUACAGGAGUUAAACAAUGACCAUGCCAUCAACCAAUUGGAUAAGAUACAAGUCACAUUGAUGGAAAAGAUCCUGGAAAGCCAGCGGCAUGACGACAAGGGCCAUGUUAUGGACUUUGCCAUCCAUGUGCCAUUUGCACAUAUUAAACUCCUCAAUUCCUUGCAAGGUGGGCCACAAAUCCAAUCUUCCUCGGAUGAUCAGUACGAUGUGAAACUUCUCGGCACACAGGCAAUGUUCCGCUCAUUGCAUCCGCAACUUAACUCCAGAUACGGAAAAAUCUCGAUGCCUAGUCAGUCUGCUUAUGCAUCCAUUGAAAAGGUUACAGUCUCUGCUAGAGAUGAUGCAUUUGCGGACAGAGCAGCUACACAGGCUGAAGUUUCAUUGUCAAAUUUUGGAUUUUGGCUCUGCCUACAAGACAAGAUCGACUCCAAGUGCCAAUUGAGCAAUUUCAGUGUUGUCCUUUGGGCCGAACAACUUGCCAAUAUGGCCGGGCUCAUACAAAGGACUCUUUCCAUGAUUGACCGGAUCGCUGACGCUUUCGUUGGUUUGGAUCAAAGUCGCAAAUCCAGACACCUCAUAUUUCAUCUCACUCAAGGAGGCUCUUCAAUCUCUGAGCCGAUCUUUUUAACCAAACCUUCUUAUGUCCUUCGAAGUGCAGACAAGCAUGUGCGUCUGACAGACUCAUGGAAGAUUAUGUCUCGUCUGAGGUAUAUCUUUGCAACUCUAGAGAAGGAAAAAGGUCCCAAGUCGAUGAAUAGCUGCGAUUGUGAGGAUCUGGAAUUAAAGGGGCCUGCGUUGCAAAGAGUCCUGACUUCAUUUGAGCAAUGGCGAGGCUGGGACUACCGACGGGAUACAGUCCCCAUAAUGAGCACACUCUUCGAAAAUCAGCGUCCCGGAACAUCAGCAAAACCACCUGGCAGUCUUGCUGCCCAGGGCGAAAUCAUAAUUGGCAAGAUCGAGGUCGUCCUUGAUCCUGGCCCACGGCAGAGCGACUUCACACUUUUGGGCUUGGAUUUUAAUGUUGUUGUGAGCCCAGUGACGGCAUUGCCCGGUGCUGAGGACAACAGCGAAAAAGUCAUUCUCCAAGCUUAUCUUGCCGAUGCUUCCCUCAAUCUCAACUGGGCCUUGGUAGAGCUGGCUCGCCAAAUCAUCGACUUGGGUAACCCUCUCGCGAUGUUCCCAACCAGAACAAGUUCGGGCAGCAAAGUUGACUCUGAUAAAACCCACUCGCGAAGACAAUUUACUGUGGUGGUAGGGUCUGAUGUGGCAGCAAUAUAUCUUACGACUCUGAAUCUCAAGUUGAAAUGGGCAUCCGAAGGCUUUCGAAGCGCGGUCUCUUUUGACUCUGGGGGCAGUCUUCCAUCUGUCCACUCUUGGACAAUCGCGGCAAAUUCUGUCUUGACCAAAGUCAGAGGGCAUUCUCAUACACUGAUGACUUGGAAAUUGCGAGCACCGAAGGUGUAUGGGUCGGUAUGGCCCCGGCAAUCGAACGACUCCCAAGAAUCUGUACUGGUGAUUCAAGUCUGUGCAGCAUCUCGCAGGUAUCGCUUCCAGCUGAAAGAAGACAUUGCCAAGCUACUCGGUGUGGUAGAAAACGUUGUCCAUGAUGAAGCUGCUGCAGUCUAUGACCUACUUGGAAUGCUACCAAAGGAUUCGAACCCUGAGCCUAAAAAGAUGUCACGGCCCCUUGCUGCUUCUAUCGAGCUGCGGACCGCCUUGUUCUUAGACGACUACCGACUCAGCUUCGCGAUUGUGCCUACCUUGCUCUAUACUAUAGCGGGCAAUGUGGCCAGAACCUCCAUUCUACCCCGGAAGCAUGGUAGUCUUGAAAUCAACUUUGACAUUAAAGAGCACGAGCAUUUGUUUGAAGGCCCACAUGUCGAUACCAGGAGCAAAUCGUCGAUCUUGAAGAUGCCGCCCAUAAAUGGCCGUCUGUCUAUCGCACAGACUACUAGUGUCAUGUCAAUAGGGGCGCGAGUUACGAUUGAACAGAUCAACUUGGAAGCAAGUGGCAUCCGAGCCUGUUUUGAUGCGCUCAAUCAACCUGGUGUGAUUCAGCAGCUUUUGGACACUAAGCGAGCUGUGCAAGAUGUGCAGAACUCUGUGAAAUAUAUUACUGAUGGCAAGUCCAAAGCCCAGAAAACAACAUCUGCUGAAACAACCUUAUUGCUUCGCUAUGCGGUACAUGGGACUCUCGCGGGCAUCAAGGUGCACAUGAGUGCCCCUACAGUCCGUGAAGACCAAACCUACCGAGCCGACAUGGAGUUGAAGCUUGAAGGGACUUCAUUAUUCGUUCACAAUCAGACCGACGAUCCUGAUACAAUACAUGAGCAGCCACAGUUCAUCCUGAACUCUCAAGGCGUAGGAUUAGGCAUCUAUCGAGCCACCGACCACGCCAAGAGCAAUGUUGGGAAAUGCACAGUCGGAAUCAAGGCAUCGGGGAAAACAGAACCGGACGGCAAGCUCGGCAAAGUCCAUGUUUACAGGGCUUGGAGUGAUGGUAUUGCGAUCGAGCUCUAUGAAGACACUGCUACACUGGCAGUCGACAUCGCAGGGUUUAUCCAGGACAAAAUUAAGUCAAUUCAACUUGCCGAGAGUCCUGAGAGCAUUCAACGACUACGGAGGAUGACAACAGCCGGGAUUACUGAUCGCCUGAGACCAAAAGAACAGAUCGAAGCAGCCCUGGAAGCGGUGUCCACCAACGAGUCAUUCUCCUCUGCACUCUACGAUUCGACUUACGCUGUGAACGUCGACAACAUCCACAUCAGAUGGAAUUUAACUAGAAGUUCAUUCCUCUCGCCAACGCGAGAGCUACAGGACCUUGUCUUCUCAAUCCGCAAAGUUGAUCUUCAGACACGACAAGAAGGAACCGCUCGACUGUCGAUCUUGGACACUCAAUUGCAAAUUGUCCCACAGUCCCAAUCCUUGCAGCCGACACAACGGACAGCCAACUCAGCUCUCCUACCAGAAGUCGUCUUCGGAAGCGCGUAUCUAUCUACUAAGCGGGAUCGGCGGUUCGCAUUUCAAGCCAAAGGGAAGGCGGUUGACAUCCGUCUUGCAACCGACUUUGCAGUCCCUGCACAUGCUCUUCAGAAGUCGCUAGCUCAUGCCAGUGAAGAACUUCGCAAUUCAAAGAAACUAUAUGAGACCAGCCCCCAGGCCGCGCAAUCCGGGAAUAUUGACUUCCUAGGUGGAAAACGUCUAGCUUCUCUCUUGGUAGACGCUGACUUUGCUGGUGCUGUUGUUUAUAUCAGUCCCUGGGCAGAGGUGCGACAUCAAGACUCAGCGUUCAGUUUCCUCAAAGGAGGCAAGCGGUCUCGAGCAGGACGAUAUGGACAAGCUGUUCAAGGAGAGAAUGCCUCUUCGGCACGAUUACAGUCUCCUGGUGUCGCGCUCAAAGUCGAGUACAAGGACAACGGCUCUGAUGAUCCCUAUCUUAGCACAGAGGUCAAAGUAGCGGCCUCCACGAACACCCUCUACCCUACAGUUGUGCCGCUGAUCUUGGAAAUUUCGUCCAGCAUCAAAGAGAUAAUGGGCGAGAACAGCAAUGAUGACUCAGGUACAAAGCCCGGUGACAUCAGCACUCACCUAUCAGAAGAGACCAUCAACAACGCCAAUCCGACCGCAAUUCUAGGUCGAUGCAAAUUGAAUGCGGGUCUGUAUAUUCAACGACAAGAGUUCAGUCUCAGUUGCCAGCCGAUUGCCCGAGUUGCGGCCACUACAAGGUUCUCGGAUAUUUUCGUCAGAAUCAAUACAGUGUCGACACCUGAUCAUGAACGAUUUUUUGCCAUAUUGACUACCUUCAAUAAACUCGAAGCUUCUGUUCAGCAUGUGUACUCUAGAGAAUCUACAGCCAACUUCGAGGUCGACUCCAUCGUUCUGUCACUCAUGAACAGUAAACAUGUCAGCGCAUCCACUGGCAUCUCUGCUGUUCUCAACGUCAGUCCGAUGAAAACUGAUAUCAAUGCAAAGCAGCUACAAGACUUUCUCUUGUUUCGUGAAAUCUGGUAUCCUGCAGAGCUGCGUGGUCGCUCCAAGUCAAAUGCACCCGUCGCUACUGCACAAGACCAACAAGCAUAUGCGAUGCAACGAUACCAAGAGAUCUCUGCUAAGGGCACAUUGCCGUGGCAUGCAAUCGUCUCCAUGCAGGAGAUCAAGCUUGCCGUGGACUUUGGACAAGGACUCGGAAAGUCAGUGUUUACCAUCUCACAGCUAUGGGCAUCGUCCAAGAAGAACAACGACUCAGAACAAAACCUUUGCAUUGGCUUUGACAGAGUUGGUAUUGACAGCAAUGGAAGAAUGAGUGGGUUCGUGGAAUUAGAGAACAUGCGACUUCGUACCUCAAUCAGAUGGCCUGAAGACUCAUCGCGCAAGGCUCGCGCGCCUCUCGUCCAGGCCUCGAUCAGUUUCGAACAUUUCCGGGUCAAAGCAGCAUUCGACUAUCAACCCUUUGCGGUCGCUGAUAUUUCGUUUUUCGAAUUUUUGAUGUAUAACGUGCGCCAAGGUCAAGGGUUUGACAGUGACCGUUUGGUAGGCAUCGUUGACGGCGGCAAAGUACAAGUAUAUGUCACCACCAGUACUGCAGCACAAGGCUUUGCACUUGUUCAAGCUUUCGAGAGGUUGGCCCAGGAGAAACAGGAAGCCUAUGAAACGUCCCUACACGAUCUUGACAAGUUCCUCCGACGCAAGUCUAUCUUCCCAUCUAAUACUUGGGUAGCUCCUACACCCGACCCGCAGCACAAGGAGGAGCCUCAGACGAAACGAACAUUUGCACUGCACACCGACGUGGUGGUUGGUCUGAGGGAAGUUGAUAUUGGUUGCUUUCCAAAUACCUUCUUCGAUGACCGACUCCUCAAGGCCGAAGCCACAGAAGUUCAGGCAAGAUUUGCCGUGGCCACCACUGACGGCAAGACUCACAGUGGGUUGGGCAUGACGCUUGGAGAAUUGCGAGUGGCUCUGUCCAAUGUGAAUCGCACAACCACCAAGGCAUUGAGCGAAGUGUCAGUGCCGGAUGUGAUUGACCGCGCAACAUCGUCGCGUGGUGGUACCAUUGUGAAGGUUCCUAGACUGGUAUCCUCAAUGGAGACAUGGCAAGUUCCUGACUCGAACACAAUCGAGUACAUUUUCCGAAGUACAUUCGAAGGAAAAGUGGAUGUCGGUUGGAACUAUGCACGUAUCAGUUUCAUUAGGGGCAUGUGGCAGACGCAUUCGCGAGCAUUGGCUCAAAGACUUGGAAAGCCGCUCCCACCGUCAGCUAUCAAGGUCACGGCCGAGCCGCAAGGCGACGGCGAAGGUAGACAGGAAAAGAUCACGGCUGUGGUGAACGUGCCUCAAUCAAAAUUCACAUAUAUCGCGUUGGAACCUCCGAUUAUUGAUACACCACAGCUCAGGGACAUGGGCGAAGCAACGCCACCUCUGGAAUGGAUUGGGCUGCAUAGGGAUAGAUUGCCUGAGGCGACACACAGUAUUGCCAUUGUGACACUAUCAGAGAUUGCAAGGGAGGUGGAGGAUGCGUAUGCGAGGAUCUUGGGUGCGAGUUGACCUGGCAUCACAAGAGAUAUAUUGAAUCAUAAAUUGAAAUAAUUAAUGUCUAAUUCACCGUC